CCUGCACCAACACCAUUUUACCCCCCCUGUUUGCGGGUACUUCUUGCCUGGGACAAGUAGUACGUACCCUUAGGAUGCCGGUAGCCGGGACUGUGUGGCGCCGCCGACCAAUGCGAUGCAGAAAAAAAACAAAAACAAAUUUUAACUCGCGAUCAGCUUGUGCCGAGCUCCCAGUUAAUCCCGUAUUAUCACCCUUCCCCGUACCUUUCACUUCUUCCUCCCAUCUGUAUCCGAUCCUCCUCAAUCACGAAAACGCCAAACAUGGAUAUUCAUGACCCUCCACGCUGGCUUUCUAUCACCGGUCAACCACUCCCUAACCUUGAGUUUCCAAAUGGUAUCACGGGCAUGAAAAUGUCGCGACAUCAAAGAGUUCGAGAGACUGAACCAACUAGGGGAAGGAACCUACGGGGUAUUCGAAUUUUUGAUUCUGACCGUGGAAACGGCAUUCCAAUUACCGCUCUACGUGAGAUCUCCAUCUUGAAAUCCCUCCGACAUCCCAACGUCGUCAAUGUUCUGGAUGUUGCUGUGGGCGUUGAAUUCGACGAGAUAUACAUGGUCAUGGAAUACGCGGAACAGGAUUUGGCAAACCUUCUCGAUCACGCGAGAGUUAAAUACUCUGAGAGUGAAGUGAAAUGUCUUAUGAAGCAAUUGGUGGAAGGACUAGAAUACUUGCAUCGGCACAAUAUCAUUCAUCGGGAUAUCAAAAUGUCUAAUCUUCUACUCACAGCUCAUGGCAUCUUGAAGAUUGCUGAUUUUGGCAUGGCACGCGAGUAUUCCCCCCGUCCCCUGACUCCCGGUGUGGUUACAGUUUGGUACCGAGCACCCGAGCUCCUUCUAUCCGCCAACCGUUACAAUCCCUCCGUAGACAUCUGGUCGGCCGGCUGUAUCAUGGGGGAAUUGAUACUCCAGAUGCCACUUCUCCCUGGCGAAACCGAGACCGAGCAAUUCUCUCUUAUCGUCAAACUCAUCGGUUCGCCCAGCGAUAAAAUCUGGCCCAAGAGGCGUCUCCUCCCUGGUAUCUACGAAAAAAGUGCUGGUAGCCGAGGUAGAUAUUACGAUCCACCCAUCGGGGCCCAGAGCGAGAACAUGCUGGAGAGACGCCUAAAGGGUCAAACAAAGGAGACAAUCAGACUGAUCAACGAGAUGUUGACCUACGACCCUGAUCGGAGGAUCACAGCUAGUGAAGCUUUGAGACAUAAGUACUUCACCAGGGAAAUGCCACCCGCCCAGAGGCCAGAGUUGAUACAGACCUUCCCGGAGAUCCGCAACGAGCGUAGCGACGAUGGCAGUCAUCAUGCUCGUGGUGGUGAGGGUUUGGGCAAGAGAAAGACAAAGGAUGCAGGUGGUUCCUACGUAUUUGACUUUCCCGAUAACGGAUUUGCCGAGAGUCUCGAUGGUGGAAAAAAACGGAGGCGGAAUAGGGAUAAGGGAGAGUAAAUCCUUUCUCUUGUCGCGAUUACCUUAGAAAUAGUGGCUUUUUUUCCCUUACUACAUUUUCACAUCUCUCCUCUCUAGAUUGUGUACUGUACAAUGCUUUGUGUACCGGUACUAGAUGUGAUAACCAGCAUUU